UCAUGGCCGGACGGAGCAUGCUCAGAAACGACGUCCGUAAGAGUCGAUGAAAACUUGAGUAUUUGACAUAUGGAGUAGAAGGAAAUUAUUAUUGUUUGAAAGAUCGAAACGUUUGAAAUACUUAACAAAAGACAUUAUUGAAAUAAAUAAAUUAUGAAGAGACGUAAUGCCGAUUGCGGUAAGCUUCGACGACCUGUCAAACGUACGAAAAUAAGCGAAGGAGUUUACGGGAGUACUUUCCUGUAUUUGAAAUUUUUAUUGCUAUGGGCAUUAAUGCUACUGGCUGAUUUUAUUGUGGAAUUUAGAUUUGAAUAUUUAUGGCCAUUCUGGUUGUUAUUGAGAAGUGUUUAUGACUCUUUUAAAUAUCAGGGAUUGGCGUUUUCUAUAUUUUUUGUCAUUAUUGCUGUGACAUCCGACAUGAUCUGUUAUCUAUUUAUCCCAGUACAUUGGCUCUUUUUUGCAGCGAGUACCUAUGUUUGGGUACAGUACGUUUGGCAUACAGAUAGAGGCGUUUGUCUCCCAACUGUAUCUCUAUGGUUGCUAUUUGUAUAUAUAGAAGCGUCUGUGCGACUUAAAGAAUUGAAAAAUAUGCCAUUUCAUGUGGAUUUGUGUAGACCUUUUGCAGCACAUUGCAUUGGUUAUCCUGUUGUAACCUUAGGGUUUGGUUUUAAAAGUUACGUUGGAUAUAGAUUAAGGCUGGUAAGUGUAUAUAUUUUUUUUAAUUUAUCGUUUUAUGUAAAUUAAAAUUAAUUUAUUAUAUCUACUUUUAAAUUAA